AUGGUGCUAGCGAACCCCAUCGACAGUCCCGCGCCCGUUGCGGAAGUGCCCGUCACCACACCCGCCGAGGAGGUCCAAACUUCCACCCGAGGCGCCGACGUCGCCAGUUCCACCGAGGGCAGCAAGAUGUCCCGGUUUCUGGACGACGUGACGCUCGCCUUCAAGCAGGGCACGGCGAAGAUGAAGGAGAGCCUGGAGAAUGCCGCCAGCUCGGUGAAGGACGGCGUCCUGCAGGGAUACGACUACGUGCGCAGCAAGCUGACCGGCACCAGCGCGGACGGUCCGUCGGAGUCGGCCGACCUUAACUCAACCGUGGCCGCCCUCACCUCCACCGUCCGCACCGACGAUGGGUCCACGACCUCGUCCGUCGCUCCAUCAACCGAACGCCCAGCAACCGGGGGUUCCCACGCCGGCAACAGCCUGGCGGGCUACGGCGGUGCCGUCGGUGUGUCCAACGAGCCGGCCAAGAUCGUGCCGAACGACGAGUACGACGAGGAUCGGAUCAUCUUCAACGACAAGGACAUGCUGGCGGAGAAGUCGCCGGAGGGCGACGACGAGCGGGACGUCACGGAAACUCCGGCCGCGACAGGUGUCACCAUCGACAACCGGUUCAUCAUCGCCAGCCCGCUCACCUGCAAGAGCGGCCAGGAAGUGGUCAACGGGAAGUGUCGAAACGUAUUCUGA